UAAAAUCAGUAUUUGAAAGCUUGAAAAAUGUUCUGUGAACUGUGCGAGGCUUACAUUACCUUUUGAAAUAAGAGUUUUGUGGAUCUUUCUGUCCAGAUCUUCUGCCAAGAGUUAAAAAAACAAAAACUGAUAUGACUCUCAUACUACUUCGAUCAGUUUGCUAGCUUAGAUUAGCACAAAAACUAGAAACAGGUGGAAAAAAGUUGCCUUGCUUUGUCUAGAGGAAACAAAAUCCACCUGCAGACUGAGUUAAACCUCUAUUCUGUUUGUUUAAUUUGGGGAAAAAAAAGCAGAUUUAUUGGAGUUAAUUGCUUGAAUAGAAAUCUUGUUGUCACUGGGAAGUAUAUCUUUUACUAAAUUACCCAAAACAACACUUGAUUUGAAUUUAGAGCUGAAAUAACAGGUAGAUUGAUCAGAAGUUAGUCAGCUAGAAUCAUAUACGUACUGAUCUGGUUGUGAUUCAAGAAGUACACCUGCGUUUUACACGAACAAAAGCAGCUUUAAUUGCCCUCGUGUAAAUGUUUUGUUGUCUUUUGUUCCCUCCACUGCUCCUCACAGGGACGACACACCUGAAUGAAGCGACUCCGCCCGGCCGGGUCUUGACCUCAUGUUUUCUAAUCUCUUUAUCUGUCCAGCACAGGCACCGUCUAAAGGGGGACAGAGAGCUAAUCUCUAUGGGAACAUUGGGUAAUACUAUUGCAUAACGUUUCAUUUUCACGAAAAGCCUGUCAUUUAACCUUUGCUACAUAACACAAGACAUCCACCUGGCAGAAGUGUCUUAUGCUAAAUCUGCAUUCUGAUGCCGAAAAUACAAAUAUUUAUGCUUGUUUCCCAUCUGUUGUGAGGUUUCUGGCCUCGUUUUCGUGGCCGUGAACUGUCGCUAGUUGUUUGAAGGGAUUGGGACGGACCUAAAUUAACACAGGAUUAGAGUUCAUGACACCAUCUUAAGCCUUCGUCUUUCGCCGAUGAGGAAAAGAUCGAGGUGUGGCCAGAGAUUCUCACUUAACUAAUGGCUCAUGCAGACUUGCCCCCUCCCUGCCUGCCGUCUCAUGUGUUGUUGCCUUCAUUGCACAGUCGUCGAGGAACGAGAGGGACGCUGUGAUGGUAGCAUGUAAGCAAUUUUAGCAUUUUUCUGGGUCCUGAGGGGCCAAACGAAGAAAUAUCUCUUGCAAUGGACUCUACAGCCAUGUUUUGAUGCAGAAGAGCAAUUUGGAAACUUGAUGCCAGUGUCCUCAGCCAGCUGCAGAAAUGCCUGGAGGCCAGUACCAGGUGGCGAGCAUCAAGUGCCACCACAGCCUCUACAGCCUGACGGACAGCUCCGAUGUUGGCCCUGAGGAGGAGGAGGCCGACCCCCCGCUGCGCCUCACCCCCCUGCAGAAGCUCACCGUCGACAUGUGCAAGGACGAGAAGACCAUCAAGGAGCUGAUCAUCGGCCGCAGGGUCGGCUUCUACAAGGUCCGCGGGGAGAUCGGCUACGGGACUUUCUCCAGGGUCAAACUGGCCUUUCACGCUCUGACUAGAGACAAAGUGGCCCUGAAGAUCCUGGACAGGAUGAGGCUGGAUGCUCAGGCCCAGCGUCUCCUCUCCAGAGAGAUCAGCAGCAUGGAGUCUCUGCAGCAUCCCAACGUGGUCCGACUGUACGAGGUGGUGGAAACGCCGAGCCGCCUCUACCUGGUCCUGGAGUACGCAGGAGGAGGAGACCUGCACAACCGGAUCUGCAACGAGGGGAAACUGUCCGACAGCAUCAGCAAGAUCACCUUCGCUCAGGUCCUGUCUGCCAUCAAAUACAUGCACAACAUCAACAUCAUCCACCGCGACCUGAAGGCGGAGAACGUCCUCUUCACCAUCAGCGGCUGCGUGAAGGUGGCUGACUUCGGGUUCAGCACUCGGGUGUCGAACUGCAACAACGCCCUGGACACCUUCUGCGGGUCGCCUCCGUACGCCGCCCCGGAGCUCUUCAGGGACGACUGCUACCUGGGACCCCCGGUGGACAUCUGGGCGAUGGGCGUCCUGCUGUUCUUCAUGGUGACCGGAACCAUGCCGUUCAGGGCCGAAACCAUGGGCAAGCUGCGGCGCUGCAUCAUGGAGUGCUCCUACACCGUGCCCCCCUGGGUGCCCGGCCCCUGCCAGAGGCUCAUCAAGGGCAUCCUGAAGGCGGCUCCCUCCGAGCGCUACGCCGUCGACCAGAUGCUGGGCUGCGACUGGCUCCUGCCGGUGGAGUUCCCCUGGGCGCUGGUGCCCCCGGAACCGGCGAGCCCCCCGCAGAGCCCCGGGAGCUUGGAGCCCAGCGACCAGGAGGAGGUGGAGGAGGAGAUCCGGGGCUCGCUGGAGGAGCUAGGUGUCACCGUGGAGCACCUGAGGAACAACCAGCUCAAAGACAGCCGCAGCCCCGUCACCGGACUUUACCGCAUCCUGCUGCACCGAGCCCAGAAACGAAGAGGCUGCGACUGCCUGCCGGUGGUCCGAGGGAUGGUGAGGGACCCCAAGAGGGAGGGACUCCGGGCCUACAGGGGCCUCCGUCACACCUCCAAGUUCUGUGUGCUUUCAUGAGCACAAUUUUUAUACCAAAUUUCUUGUUUUUUUUGUACCAACAUGUAGCACAUAGGAGCUAUUUAUUUAUCCUUUUUUAUUUGUCAUUUUACAUCGCUUAUGGAAUAAGUGACUUGUAGGUUUUACAGUUUGAUGACUUGCAGUGCAGCUUUUUUGGGAUAGCCUAAGAUGUCUGUGAAAGUGCCUAUUAUAAAAGGUAAAACCUGUUUAACCUCCUAAGACCCGAGCUUUCGUUGGGCUUGCAUUUUAGAUUUCUUCUAGUAUUUGGGACAAGGAGCAACCAAUAAAUAUAGUAAUCGGAUAAUAUCUAAUAUCUGACUAUUGUAUUUAUAAUAUUUAUAUUUUUAUUAAGAUUGUUGUUGUUUUUAUUAUUAUUAUUAUUAUUAUUAUUAUUGUUAUUAUUAUUAGGAACAACAAGCUCUUUUUGGAAAAAAAAACAAUACGUGUUCACAUAUGUGGACGCCAGGAUUUAGGAGGUUGAGGAUAAUUUCAUCCAAAUAAGGAGCGAGAUGCAGGAAAUAACCGCUGAAAAUUCAAGACCUUUAUUUAUCACAAACACAAUUAUACAUAGCAUAACACACAGUGAAAUGCACGUAGCACCUGUUCCAGACCGACACGAUAAGAAUAAAAAAUAAAAGCACACAGGAAAUAAAUGUAUGGUAUGUUUGGUAUGUAUGUAGUUAGAAGUUAAAGACUAAAUGUAACUUUGUGUGAGUGUUUUGGAGCCACUAAGUUGAUAAAAUGUGAGUUAAAUAAACCAAGAAAGCUCCCAUUUUCUAAA